UUUUUUUCUUUCUUUGUGGAGUUGUUCAGAGAAAUUAUGGAAAAUGCUGGUUCCAAACAGAUACAAUUCUGUCUUUUCUUGAAUACUUCACUUCGUUUAAAGUUGCUUAACUCUUCUCUCUUGUGUUUUCCUACAUGUGAAGAGAGGUUAAUCCUAUCUGCUUUUACCUCAGAGGGAUUGUGAGGGCAGUUUGGAAAAGAAUUUGCUGUCUAUGCAAAGAAUCCACAAGUGACUGCAGGGGAGGAAAAAACCCCAGACCUACCGUUGGGAAACUCCAGCACCAGUCGACUACUUUCUGGAAGUGGACUGUCCUGUUACAUAAACAUCCUUGAAGCUUUGCAGAAGGGGUGACAUUCACAUCACAUAUGUGGGGCCUGACUAAUUGGGCUUUGUGUGUGAAGAACGGGGAUGGAGAGGAUAAGGAAGUGAAAUCCCCAAGGUGCAAGCUGGGCCUCCUUCUUCCCAUGGCCUGUACUGUUGCUUACGUGUUGAAAAGGGGUCUCAGAGCCUCGUGUACCACUGAGCUGAUGACUGGGAACUCUGCAGGCCCCGCAACCCAGCCUGCAUCCUAAUUUUGCCCUCUGCAGUGGUCUGGGAGGCAUCCUGCUCAGCCCAGCAUCCAGCUGCAACAGCCUUCAGCAGUCACUCAGAGAGCAUCCCUCUGCCGAGAAGUUGUUAACAUCCCUUCAUACUAAAAUCGGCGUUAACUGAGUGGUCCUGGUCUAUGUAUAAACAGCAUGCAGGACAUGUUACACUUGGCUGCUUCUACAAACAGUGGCAGAAGGGGGCUAUCAUCUUCAGGAGCUCCAAGUUUCUCCCUGAAGGUGUCUGUACCUUUCCACUGAUUAUGUGGGAACUAAAAUCCCAUAGUCGGUGUUUUGACGGCCAAAUUUAGGUGGCACCAGCACCCCGCCAUCUAAAACUCACUUGAGACCCAGGGCCCAGUUCUCCACAGCCCCACACCCUGUGGCAAAGUGGAGCUGCAGCAUGAGUUGAAAGUCUUCACUUUGUUUUGCAUGCACUUCAUAAAGCUUUGUCACAAGUCCCAGACAAAGAAAAUAACCAGUUCUUCCACUACCCCCCCCCCCCUCCAGGGAAAACCAAGUAUAGCAGGCAUAUAAAGAACUUGAUAACACCUACUGUAAAAUUCACAUAUAUAUUUUUCUGUAUUUUAUGCCAGACAGAAUAAUGGUUUGUAGGCUUUCCAUUCUGCACAGCAGCUCUCAGAGUAACAGGCCAGAUUUAGCAAUUGGGGUGGCAGUGAAAGGAACUGAUUCACAAGCAAAAAAGCCAGUGCUGAACCAGUUAGGAAAGAGUAAAAUCUGAAUUCCCAACUCUUCUUCUUUUCACAGCUGUUAAGGGUUCAGUGGGUUGAACUGCAAUCCUUCAAGUUCAUCUGUUGACUCCAACACAAAACUAUUAUAAACUGUGCCUCUAGAACACGUGAUGAAACAUUUCUUGAGAGCUAUUUAUUCCAACUGCAGCAGAGGAAAGUUUUCAGAACACCCGGCAUUUGGUAGAGGAAAGGUCUCUUGAGCUUUGCAAAAGGAGGAAUUAUUUGCAUACCGACGCUUUAGCUGUGGUGAAACACUUUCCAUGCUGAAAAUGGACCAUGCAAACAUGACCCAAGCCAUGCUUGAUGCUGAAUCCCGCAACACAGAGAACAACAGCAAUGAGUAUUUUUACAUUCUGAUCGUCAUGUCUUUCUACGGGAUCUUCCUGAUAGGGAUAAUGCUGGGUUACAUGAAAUCCAAAAGAAAAGAGAAGAAGUCCAAUUUGCUUCUGCUUUACAAAGAUGAAGAGAGAGAAUGGGGAGAAGCUGUGAAGCCCCUACCAAGCAUAUCGGGGCUGAAAUCUGUCCAGAUCCCUAUGAUGCUGAACAUGCUGCAGGAGAGCAUGGUGCCGUCCCUGUCCUGCGCCAUCUGCUCAAUGGAAGGCAGCAGUGUGAGCUCCGAAUCCUCCUCCCCAGAUGUGCACUUCACCAUCCAGGAGGAAGUGCUGGGUGCUGAACUGGGGGAAGUGUCAGAAACACUCCUCAACGAGAGCAGUGAGGGAUCUGCAGAAAACAUCCACAAGAACUCCUAGCACUUGCAGGGCUCCUGUGAUCAGCUGCCAAAGCGUGAGUGGGGCUCCCACUAAGAACUUGUGGUUCUUUUUUCCUGCUCUCCAAUGAACUCUCAACAGGUACCUGUGACCCUGGGCCUGAGGUGUUCCUGAGAGCCAGCAGAACAAGAAAGCAGUGGUAUCCAACACCAAAGUGUAACUUGCACAUAAUUGGGAUGCUUAAUUUUAAAUUUUCCAUUAUUAUUUCUUACUUUAAGAGCUAAGAACAGAAGAAUACAUAUAUAUACUUUCUAACGAGGUAACUAUUACUGGCAUGUCUCUGCAUAUUUCAGAUUUGCUCAAUGAGGCCUCAAAAGCUGAAAAUUUGUCGAUGCGUAGUUGAAAGGAGAUUGUAGCAUGGCUGGAGACUGAUGUUAGGCACAGAAAGAAUGAAAGAAAAUGAAAAAAAAAAAAAAAAGGCACCAAAUUUCUAAGAGGAUUGUAAAGCCCAGUUUCAGAUCCAUGCCAAUAUAUCUAUCUUUGCUUAAGUUGUACCUGUACUGGCUGGGUCAGGUUCACUAACUUCUGCUGCAGUCCAGCCUUUGACUGAGUUACUAGUAGGAAAAGUGGUUUUGAUUUUUGCUUUUGUAUUUUUCAAACACAUGUACAUUUGCUUAAUAAAGCCAAAGAUCUGCAAGUUAAAAAAAGACAUUAAAAGAUCUUUGUUACAAGGUGUAAGAUGUAGAAAAGCUUGAAUAAAUGCUGCUCUGUUACGCCCCCUUGAAAAAUAGGUGGAAUUCAGAAUAGAAUUUAACCUAGCAAGGGUGAAAUCUUGGCCCCACUGAAGUCAUCAGCUGAGUCCUCCUGACUUCAGGGGACAUGCACAAGAUUUUGUGCUUCUCUGUUGGAGCUGAAUUCUCCAUUUGAGGUCAGUAAAACUGUACCUAUUUACAUCAUUAAAGAAUCUGGCCUUUCUGCUCUAUUUAAGCCAGUGCAGAUAAACAUUGCAUUACACCUUUUUUUUUUGUUUUGUUGUUAUCAGCUCGCAUGUGACACAUGCAUUUCUAUAAAGUCAUUAGUAACUAGUUUUUAAAACCACCACAAACUUCCCCCCCUAAUUUAAUGGUACUGUGAUUUUUUUCAAAUGCUCAUGAAAUUAGUUACUGAAUUAUUGCACUGUUAAAAGAAGUAAUGUUAAUAUUGUAGCAAAGUAUGAUUAUUUCAAUCAUACCUUAUAUUUUAUAAUAACUUAUUACAAUGUUUGGAUUAGUUCUGAACCAUGAGGGCUAAAGAGCCUGAAUCUAAAGCAUUGCACAGCAAAAUGUUUGCAAAAUGUCUCCACAUAUUUCCUGCGCUAAAAUAGCUCUGUGAUUUAUCCACUGGCAUUAGAGCUUGAGAGACAGCUUGAAGAAUAAGAAUGCUGAACAGCAGAAAAGAACUGAGGCAAGAGUCUGCUGUACUUCUGCCGUUUAGAAGGGAGAACUCUGCUUUUGGCUUGGAGGGUUAAUACGAUGUGAUGUAGCCUGCAGGGGUAUCACUGUCUGCCUCUAAACACAGCAGAACAAACGCUGCAUUGUGCUCAGAAAGGGCCUGAUUCGGUUCAGACUGAAGGCAGUGGGAGUUUUUCCAUCGACUUCAGUGAACUUUGGAUCAGACCAUGUAAAGCUUUUUGGUAGAUUUACUCCAAAAUGGGCUGUUUUUAAGUUUGAAAGAAGCCAAAUUAAGUUUGGCACUUUGCCUGGAAUCACUUGAAUCCUGAAACUUUCCAAAUGAGACUGACAUGCGCGAGUUGUCACAUUUUCCAUUGCUUUCUCCUUCGUCCUUUUACUUUUGGUAUAAAUGUGUUUGUAUCUGUAAAAAACUGAUGUAUAUAAUUCCUAACGUUGAGUUGUAUAUAGUUGUCUCAUGUAUUUAAAAUUUAUUAUUUCUACUGGCACUAAUUUUUAUUUAAAUAAACACAUUUCCUGGAAAA